ACGGUGAACCCCCCUCCUUGUUGAUGGCUCCAGUGUCUCCUGCCUUCCUUCCUCUUGCCUGUGGAGCUACAGCUGUGCUGGCCUGGUCCCUGGCCACUUUGAGAGGGCCUGAAUCAACUCCUACCACCAGCCUUGGCCCUGGUGUUGGCCUCAGGCUAUGAACUUGUUCCUGCGCUGCCUUGAGGGACCUCCAUGCCUGCACCCUCCGGCGCUGACUAGCUUCCUAGCACUGGAGUGCAGGCCCCAGCCCCAAGCUGAGCCUGAUCUGGGGGCCUGGGCCCAGCUGGACACUCUGCCUGACUUCAUUGUAAAACAGCAACUGGGGGGGGGAGUUUUAUAAAUGCUGAGGCAGACAUGGUUUCUACUGCUCUGUGUGUCCUAGCAAGUGAACUUGGGGGAGAGGUGUGGGAGGGGAGAGACUGAACCAGGUGCUUUCCCCUGCAGCUGCUGGUCACCAGUGGGAGACCCCACAUCUGGCUGGGGUGGGAGAAGGGGAGCUGGGCCCCUCACAGCAGCACUGCCCUGGUAUGCAUGCCUCCUGCCUGGAGCUGUGCUGCCCUGUGAGAAAGCAAAGAAGAUGAUGCAUGUCUCCCGGGCUGUGCUGUCUCCAGAAGGUGGGUGCCCCACAGCACCUUGCUCCAGGGAGGGAGGUGGAGGGAUGCCUGGGGCAGCCUUCCCGGGUGGCACAGAGGGCUGUGCCCAAGUCCCUUCCCAUAGAGGUGAGGUGUCUAAUGUGCAGAGGGGCUCCAGUGGCAACUGUAGCAGAGCUAAGGCAGGGAAAGCUAGAGAAGCACUCAGGGUGUUUCCCUGGGAUGUAAAAUCACAGAGCAGCCAAGAGAUGGUGGUGGCUGUGUGCUGGGAAUGGGUGGCAAAGGGCCUGGGCUUUCUCUGCUGCCCUGAAGGCUGGCACGUAGUCAGGGUCUAGUGCUGCUCAUCCAGCAGCAUGAGGUUGCAGAGGUGCUUGGGUUCCUCAGCCUGCCAGAGGUGGCUGAUGUGGGUACAACGGAGCAGCCUGGAGUGGCAUGAGAGCAGCGCAAACCCCAUGGCAAGAGAACAGAAGGCACCACAAUUGUGACAAGUUUCUUUUUCAAAUACUGGCAGCACCUCACUGUGGUGGGUGAUGAGCACCUGUGGCAGGAUUGGGGGCUGAAGGGAGUCAGGGUGUGCUGACAGCACAUCUGGCUCAGGGAGAGCACCCCCAGCUGGGGCUCCCUCUUUGUGACUCUUGAUAUCUGCAGGUUACCUUUAUGGGCUGGGUGGGCAUCUCCCAUGUGUUGUCCAGCAGCUCCAGCUCCCCUGCUCAACCCGCUGCCUCAUCCACAGGCUCUCAAGCUGUACCAUGAAAUGGUGGAGUUUUUUUUGCCAUGGCAUCCCCUUCCUUGGGUCUGAAGCACCAAUCUUACUCUUGUAGGGUGCCAGGCCCCAGGAAACACCAACAGACCACCCAGACUCCCUGCACUGGGCAGCAUGGUGCUGAGCACAGAGGCUCUAUCCGUGAAUGGCUGUCACUGGGGCUUCUCUGGGGAGAAUCACAAUCUCUAGGGCAUUGAGUAGAGACAACAGGCUCUAGAAAGGCUCAGUACCCCAUGCCAGCUGCCUCUAGGAGAGCAAACCUUUGGUGAGGAGGCGGCUUCUCUGGUAAAAGAAGGGGCUCACCAGGGAGAGAGUCACAGGCACCCCACUCCCCUCCAAGGUUUCCCUCAGGUUCAGGAGUGCUGUGACCCUGACCUCCCUCUGCCAGGACCCUGCUGCAGACCUGCACAUGGGACACUGCUCACCACCUUGGUCUGGAUGUCCCCAGUGAAUUUUCUUGUCAUAUCAGCUCCUUCUCUCAGCGAUGCUGGAGGCAGCUGCUGGGCAGGUGGACUAGUCACAGGCCUUCAGCCCAUCGUGGGCCUUUCACUGUGCUGGCAACAACUGCAGGCCUGGAGCCGGGUGGAUGUGUGCCUCACGAGGGGACCCCUGCUACCUUCAUCAUCACCUCCUGAGCAGCCAGGUUUGCUUUAAAGACCCUAGCUUCCUUUUAUUGCUUCCCCUCUCAGAUUGCAGCCGGCUGCACAGGCUAUUUUUAGCCGCCUGCCUUCUAAAAAUAGCCCUGAGCUGUUUGGAGUUGCGUCAGGAGAGGUAACACUCUCCAUGAGCGGCUUGGCCCCUGCACCCCGGGAGGGUACAAAAGGAGGCUGGGAGCAGCAGGGUCAGCAGGUUCAGGCGCAGCCAGAAGCGAAGGAGGCAGCGCUGCCAGCUUCAGGCAUCCCACUGCCGGCAUCAUGACCAUCUUCUGCAGCCACUGCCACAGGCCUCUGCAGGCAGAGAUGAGCUGCCUGCCCAGGAGGGGAAAGCAGGCACCCAGCGCCUUGAAGCCAUUCAGGUCAACCAAGAGUGCCUCCAAGGCUCGCAGGGACCAGAUCAACGUGGAGCUGCAGGCGCUGCGCUCCCUGCUGCCCAUCUCCGUGCAUGAGAAGGAGCGGCUCUCCUACCUCCACACCAUGGCCCUCGUUUGCCUCUGGCUGCGGGGGGCUCAGCUGUUCCCUCCAGACUUGCCUCCUUCUGCGGGACCAGCCCUCAGCGCAGAGCUGCUGUCCCUGCUGCCCGGGUUUCUGCUUGUGCUCUCGGCCAACGGCAAGCUGGUUUACAUCUCAGAGAACGUGGUUCAGGUCCUGGGUCUCUCCGUGGUGGAGCUGCUCGCCCAAGGGGACACGGUCUUUGACAUCCUUGAUGGGCCAGCAUGCGAGGAUGCACGGAAGAAGCUCCUCCUCGCCCGGGAGCAGCCUGGCAGGGAAGUCACGUUUGUCAGCGAGAUGCGCACGUCCAAGGCCUUCCGGCUGCAGCAUGGGGGGAAUCGGGCCAUGGCAGUGUGUGGGCACUUCACAGCCCUGCGCUGGUCAGCCUCCCCCUCUACCACAGCCUUCCUGGCUCUCUGCACGCCAGUCACACAUCUGCCCACAGACAGCAAUGCUGGUUGUCAGGACGACCUAUUCCAGAGCACGCAUGUCCUAGACAUGACAUUUAUUGAUGUCACGGAGAGCGUCACCUAUCACCUUGGCUACCGCAGGGAGGAACUGAUCGGUCAGUCAUGGUACGCCCUCCUGCACCCUGAGGACACUGACCUAGCAGCUGCCCAGCACAGGGCCGUGGCGCUGGGGGCCGGGCAAACUGGCUAUACGGUGUUCCUUAAUCCUCUGCAGAGGUCUAACGAGCGCUAA